AUGAGUGCGAGCGUGCUUAACAAGAAGCAAUGUGUUUUAUGUAACAAGAGUGGUGGCAUAUUAGUUUGUGACGGAUGUCAACAAGCAUUUUGUGGUAAACAUGUUUCUGAACAUCGACAAUAUUUAGCUGGACAAUUAGAUGGUAUUAUGCAAGAACAUGAUAUACUUCAACAAGAAUUAACACAACCAUCAUUAAAGAAAAAUCCUUUGUUAAAGAAAAUUGAUAAAUGGGAAAAAGAUUCAAUCGCAAAGAUUCAAGUCGCUGCUGAGACUGCACGAAAAACUUUACAAGAAUUACUUGAACAAUCGAAGGAAAAACUUUUAAAAACAUGUAGUGAUAUCAGAGAAAAUCUUCGUGCUUCUCAUGAAGCUGAUGAUUUUUCUGAAACUGAUCUGAUACAAUGGAAGAAACAGCUGAAAGAACUUCAAUUAGAAAUUACGUCACCAUCAUCAGCUAAAUUAAUCCAAAAUAAAAACGCUCCAAUUUAUAUAAUGACACUUAAAACAGAUGAUUCCUCUAAUGAUCAAGGUGCAAACAAAAAAGAACCUUCAACAUCCUCAAACUCUUCUAAUUUAGAUUUACAAGAACGAUUCGUACAAACAUUGGGUUCUGUUAUUGUUGAAGAAAAUGGUUAUCUUGCUAAAUGUGUUGAUGCUAGACCAAGUUUCGCAUACAUUCGUGGCCGAUUUCUCUAUUCUGCAGGAUGUUAUACGAUUCGAUUUAGAAUUGAAAAUUGCAAACAACCUUAUCGAAUUUUCUUUGGUUGUAUGGCAUCUAAAACAGCUUUAAAGGAAAAUGAUUUUAGAGCUGCUGAUUCUGUAGGAUGGUUCGGAAGUAAUCAAGUGUAUGAAAAUGGACGUUGUAGUAGUAAUGUUUCAAAGUAUGGAUAUAAGAGCGGUAACAUAAAAACCAAUGAUGUGUUAUAUCUUAUAAUCGACUGUACAAAAAAACAGAUAAGACUGUUUCAUGAACGUUUGAAAACAACAUGUACUCUUUCGGUCAAUGAUAAUCUAGCUUCAUUUCCUUGGCAAUUUUUAUUGGUAUUAUGUAAUCCUGGUGAUUCUGUUAGAAUUUUACCUAAUCUUUAA